UGAAAGUAAAAGGUGCAGUUCUUGAUAUACCUGGAAAAAUUUUGGAGAGUAAUAAAAGUCUAACAGCAGAUGUUUGCGCAGAAAGAUGUUUGUCUAACAAAAAUUGUUUAUCCUUUGAAAUAACUGAAGAAACUGGAAAAUGUUACUUAUCAAAGGAAAGUGCAACUUCCUCCAAGAAAAUAAAAGGAGCCAAAAGCAGAGAUUACUACCAACGAAUAAAUUCUGAUAAAGAUAUUUUAAAAUUUGAAAAAACUUCCAUACCAAGAGAAGAUACAUUUAAACGGCUGGAAAAUGUGACCGUAAAGGAGUGUGACCAUGCUUGUCAUCAAACUCCAGGAUGUAACUCUUAUGAGUAUAAUGAGAAAGCUAAGUUCUGUGAUCAAAGUGAUGCGACUCACCUGACUCAUGACCUUCAACCAGAUCAAAAGGAUUGGGAUACUUAUGUCAUUAACCCAGCUUAUUCAAGUAUUAAUUGUGGGCCUCCCAAAGAUAUUGUUGGUACAUCAAAGUCCUACAAAACUACUGCCUAUAAAUCUGAAGUACUCUAUACUUGCUCAGAUGGAGUACAGCUAAAGUCAAUAUGUGAAAAAGACAACAAAUGGACUCCAGUAGCGUCUUCUUGUAACGAUCCUCAGCUCCAUUUUGUGAAAAUAAAAGAUGCAGCUCUGGAUGUACCUGGGAAAACAUUGUUGGAUAAGGAAGAUGUAACAGCAGAUGAAUGUGCAAAAAGAUGUCUGUCUGAUGAAAGUUGUUUAUCAUUUGAAAUAACCAAAGGAAAUGGAAAAUGUUACUUAUCAGAGAAAACCGCUGCUACCUCCAAGAAAUUAAAGGGAAACAAAGACAGAGAUUACUACCAACGAUUAAAGCUUGAUGACAAGCCUGUUGUGAUGAAAAAAGUUAGCGUACCAAGAAGUGCUACUCUAGGAGAGCUUGAGAAUGUGAACUUAAAUGAUUGUAAUGAAGCUUGCAAUCAGUAUUUGGGAUGUAAUUCUUUUCAGUACAAUGAGCAAGAUAAGUUAUGUGAAUUGACUAAUGCGACUCAGUUGAAUAAUGAACUUAAACCCAACGACGGAAGCUGGGACAUAUACAUAGUUUCCCCAGUUGUCACAAAAGUUAACUGUGGAGCACCAAAAGAUGUUGUUGGUGCAUCUAAAUCCUAUGAUACUACUAACUAUGAAUCUGAAGUGAUCUAUACUUGUCAAGAUGAAGAAGAAUUAAAGGCAACAUGUAAAGAGAAUAAGAAAUGGGCUCCAGAAGUGUCUUGUAAAGUUAGUAAGAUCAAUUUUGUGAAAGUAAAAGGUGCAAUUCUGGAUGUACCUGGGAAAACUAUGUUGAAUAAGAAAAAUGUUACAGCAGAAGCCUGUGCAGAAAAAUGUUUGUCUGACAAAACUUGUUUAUCAUUUGAAAUAACAAAGAGAAGUGGAAAUUGUUAUUUAUCAAAGGCGACGGCAGCUUCCACCACAGAAUUGAAAACAGCCAAAGACAGAGAUUACUACCAACAAAUAAAACCUGAUGAUGAUGUUUUAACAUUUAAAAAAACUGCCAUACCAGGGCAUGAUACAUUUGAUCAGAUUGGAGGAAUCAGUUUAAAGGAAUGUGAUCAUGCUUGCCUUCAAAUUCCAGGAUGUAAAUCUUAUGAGUAUCAUGAAGCAAAUAAAUCCUGUAUUCCAUCUAAUGAGACUCUCCUGACUUAUGACCUUAAACCCAACAAAGAUGGAUGGGAUAUAUAUAUCAUGAACCCAGUUUACUCAAAUGUUAGCUGUGAAACUCCGAAAGAUAUUGCUCAUACAUCAAAGUCCUACAAUUCCACCAACUAUAGAUCUGAGGUGACCUAUACUUGUCCAGGGGGAGAAAAGUUCAAGUCAAUUUGUGGAAAGGACAACAAAUGGACUCCAAUGAUAUCUCUUUGUAAAGAUUUUAAGAAUCAAUUUGUGGAAGUAAAUGAUUCAUUGCUUGAUGUACCUGCAAAAAAAUUGUGGAAAAAGAAAAACGUUACAGCAGAAGCCUGUGCAAAAAAAUGUUUCUCUGAUAAAAAGUGUUUAUCAUUUGAAAUAAGCAAAAGAAGUGGAAAAUGCUUCUUAUCAAAGAACACUGCAGCUACCUCCAACAAAUUAAAGGCAGCCAAAACCAGAAAUUACUACCAACGAAUAAAACCUGAUGAUACGAAAAUUGAGCUUCCUAAAGUUAGCAUACCUGGGCAGGAUAUUUUUAAAGAACUUAAGAAUGUGAACUUAAAGAAGUGUGAUGAAGCUUGCCUUCAACAUUCAGAAUGUAAUUCUUAUGAGUACAAUGAGGAAAGAAAGGCCUGUAAUUUGAGUGAAGUGACUCAUUUGACUGAUAAACUUGAACCCAAUGAUGGAACUAGCGAUACUUACAUCAUUGAUCCAGAUUACUCCAAAAUUAACUGUGGACCACCAAAAGACAUUGUUGGUGCUGAGAAGUCCUACAAUGCCACCACCUAUAAAUCUGAAGUGAUCUACACUUGUCCAGGAGACGAACUAAAGUCAAUAUGUAAAAAGGAUAAUAAAUGGACUCCAGUAAAUUCUACAUGUAAAGCUUAUGCAAAAAUUAACUGUGGAGCUCCAAAGGAAGUUGUUGGUGCAACAAAGUCCUACAAAACCAUCACCUUUCAAUCUGAAGUGACCUAUACUUGUCCAAAGGGAGAACAACUAAAGUCAGUAUGUGAAAAAAACAAUAAAUGGACUCCAGUAGCAGAAGCCUGUAAAGUUUCUCAGAUCAAUUUUGUGAAAGUAAAAGAUGCAACUCUGGAUGUAUCCGGGAAAAUAUUGUGGAAAGAGAAAAAUGUAACAGCAGAUGCUUGUGCAGAAGGAUGUUUGUCUAACGAAAAUUGUUUAUCAUUUGAAAUAAAUAAAAAUGAUGGAAAAUGUUACUUUUCAAGGCAAACAGCAGCUACCAACAAAAAAAUGAAAACAACCAAGAGCAGAGAUUACUACCAACGAGUUAAAUCUGACAAACCUGUUAUGAUUAAAAAAGUUAGCAUGCCAAGCAAGACUAUUUUAGGACAGCUUAAGAAUAAGACGUUAAAGGAGUGUGAAAAGACUUGUCAACACUAUAUAGGAUGUAACUCAUACCAGUACAAUGCUGAAGCUAAGUUGUGUGAUCUGAGUAAUGUGACUCAGUUGAGUGAUGAUGUACUAAAACCCAAUGAUGGAGAUUGGGAUAUAUUUUUGGUUAACCCAGUUAAUUCAAAAGUUGACUGUGGACCACCGAAAGAUAUUAAUGGUGCCAAGAAGACCUACAACACCACCACUUUUAAAUCUGAAGUAACCUACACUUGUCCAGAAGGAGAAAAAUUUAAAUCAGUAUGUAAAGAGGAUCAUAAAUGGUCCCCUGUACCGUCCACUUGUAAAGCUGCUCAGAUCCAUUUUGUGAAAGUAAAAUAUGCAGUUCUGGAUGUAUCUGGGAAACCAUUAUUGCACAAGAAAAAUAUAACAACAGAUGCUUGUGCUAAAGAGUGUUUGUCUGACAAAACUUGUUUGUCAUUUGAAAUGAAUAAAGAAAAUGGAGAUUGUUACUUAUCAAAGCAAACUGCAACUAAAUCCAAGAAAAUGAAAUCAGACAAAAGCAGAGAUUACUACCAACGAAUAAAAUCUGACAAACCUGUUAUGCUUAAAAAAGCUAGCUUGCCAAGCAAAGCUACUUUAGGAAGGCUUAAGAAUAAAACUUUAAAGGAGUGUGAUAAGGCCUGUCAUCAUUAUAUAGGAUGUAACUCAUAUCAGUACAAUGCUGAAGCUAAGUUGUGUGAUCUGAGUAAUGUGACUCAGUUAAAUAAUGUACUUAAACCCGUUAAUGGAAAUUGGGAUAUAUAUUUGCUUAACCCAGCUUACAAAAAAGUUAACUGUGGACGACCAAAACGUGUUGUUGGUGCCAAGAAGUCCUACAAAGCCACCACCUUCAAAUCUGAAGUGACCUAUACUUGUCCAGAAGGAGAAAUAUUUAAAUCAGUAUGUAAAGAGGAUCAGAAAUGGUCUCCUGUACCAUCUGCUUGUGAAGCUGCUAAGAUCAAUUUUGUGAAGGUAAAAGAUGCAGUUCUGGAUGUAUCUGGGAAAACAUUAUUGCAGAAGAAAAAUGUAACAGCCGAUGCUUGUGCUAAAGAGUGUUUGUCUGAUGAAUCUUGUUUGUCAUUUGAAAUAACGAAGGAAAGUGGAGGAUGUUACCUAUCAAGAAAAAUUGCCACUUCCUCCAAGAAAAUGAAAUCAAGCAAAAGCAGAGACUACUACCAACGAAUAAAAUCCAAAGAUGAUGUUUUGAUACUUAAAAGCGCUGCCAUACCAGGGCAUGAUACUUUUGGACGAGUGGAUAAUGUGAGCUUAAAGGAGUGUGAUCAUGCUUGUCAUCAAAAUCCAGGAUGUAACUCUUAUGAGUAUAAUGAAAAACUUAAGUUGUGUGAUCAAAGUAAUGUGACUCACUUGACUCAGGACCUUCUACCCAACACAUGGGAAUGGAAUACUUACAUCAUUAACCCAGUUAACUCAAAAAUCAACUGUGGACCACCAAAAGACAUUGUUGGUGCUGAGAAGGACUACAAAUCUACCGACUAUAAAUCUGAAGUGACCUAUACUUGUCCAGACGAAGAGUCAUUUAAAUCCACAUGUGAAAAGAACAACAAAUGGACUCCAGUACCACCUAUUUGUAAUGUUUACUCCAAAAUUAACUGUGGACCACCAAAAGAUAUUGUUGGUGCUGAGAAGUCCUACAAUACCACCACCUAUAAAUCUGAAGUGAUCUACACUUGUCCAGAAGGAGACAAACUAAAGUCAAUAUGUAAAAAGGAUAGAAAAUGGGCUCCAGUACAUUCUGCAUGUAAAGCUUAUGCAAAGAUUAACUGUGGAACUCCAAAGGAAGUUGCUGGUGCAUCAAAGUCCUACAAAACCACCACCUUUCGAUCUGAAGUGACCUAUACUUGUCCAAAGGGAGAACAACUAAAGUCAGUAUGUGAAAAAAACAAUAAAUGGACUCCAGUGGCAGAAGCCUGUAAAGUUUCUCAGAUCAAUUUUGUGAAAGUAAAAGAUGCAACUCUGGAUGUAUCUGGGAAAAGAUUGUGGAAGAAGAAGAGUGUAACAGCAGAUGCUUGUGCAAAAAAGUGUUUGUCUGACAAAAAUUGCUUAUCAUUUGAAAUGAAGAAAAAAAAUGGAAAAUGCUACUUAUCAAAAAAAACUGCAGCUACCACCAAUAAAAUUAAAACAAGCAAAAGCAGAGAUUACUACCAACGAGUGAAGUCUAACAAACCUGUUAUGUUUAAAAAAGUUAGCAUGCCAAGCAAAGCUAUUUUAGGACAGCUCAAGGGUAAGACCUUAAAGCAGUGUGAUAAGGCCUGUCAUCACUAUAUAGGAUGUAACUCAUACCAGUUCAAUGCUGAAUCCAAGUUGUGUGAUCUGAGUAAUGUGACUCAUUUGACUGAUGUAUUUAAACCCACUGAUGGAAAUUGGAAUAUAUAUUUGGUUAACCCAGUUAAUUCAAAAGUUGACUGUGGACCACCAAAAGAUGUUAUUAGUGCCAAUAAGUCCUACAAAACCACCACUUUUAAAUCUAAAGUGACCUACACUUGUCCAGAAGGAGAAAAAUUACAAUCAGUAUGUAAAGAGAAUCAUAAAUGGUCUCCUGUACCGUCCACUUGUGAAGUUGCUCGGAUCAAUUUUGUGAAAGUAAAAGAUGCAGUUCUGGAUGUAUCUGGGAAAAUAUUGUUGCAAAAGAAAAAUAUGACAGCAGAUGCUUGUGGUAAAGAGUGUUUGUCUGACGAAACUUGUUUGUCAUUUGAAAUAAAUAAAAGAAACAAAGAGUGUUACUUAUCAAAGAAAACUGCAACUAAAUCCAAGAAAAUGAAAUCAGACAAAAGCAGAGAUUACUACCAACGAACAAAAUCCAAAGAUGAUGUUUUGGUACUUAAAAGCACUUCCAUACCAGGGCAUGAUAGUUUUGAACGAGUGGAUAAUGUGAGCUUAAAGGAGUGUGAUCAUGCUUGUCAUCAAAAUCCAGGAUGUAACUCUUAUGAGUAUAAUGAAAAACUUAAGUUGUGUGAUCAAAGUAAUGUGACUCACUUGACUCAGGACCUUCUACCCAACACAUGGGAAUGGAAUACUUACAUCAUUAACCCAGUUAACUCAAAAAUCAACUGUGGACCACCAAAAGACAUUGUUGGUGCUGAGAAGGACUACAAAUCUACUGACUAUAAAUCUGAAGUGACCUAUAGUUGCCCAGCGGAUGAAACAAUUAAGUCUAUAUGUGAAAAGAACAACAAAUGGACUCCAGUACCACCUAUUUGUAAAGAUACUAAGAAUCAAUUUGUAAAAGUAAAAGAUGCCUCUCUUGAUGUACCGGAGAAAAAAUUGUUGAGAAGUAACAAAAUGACAGCAGAAACCUGUAUAGUAAACUGUUUGCCUGAUAAAAAUUGUUUAUCAUUUGAAAUAACAAAAAGUGGAAAAUGUUACUUAUCAAAGAAAACUGCAGCUACCUCCAAGAAAUUAAAGGCAGCCCCAGACAGUGAUUACUACCAACGAAUACAACCCAAUGAAAAGCAAAUUAUGCUCAGAGAUGUUAGCAUACCAGGGACGAAUAUUUUAGGACUACAUAAGAAAAUGGACUUAAAGAAGUGUAAUGAAAGUUGCCAGCAAAAUCCAGAAUGUCACUCUUAUCAGUACAAUGAGAAAGAUAAGAUCUGUAAGUUGAGAAAGGCAACUCAUUUGACACAUGAACUUAAAAUCAGCAAGGGAAUUUGGGAUACUUACUUCCUUAAUACAGAUUACACAGAUAUUAACUGUGGACCUCCAAAUGAUGUUACUGGUUCAGUGAAGUCCUACAAUUCCACCACCUAUAAAUCUGAAGUGACCUAUACUUGCCCAGAAGGAGAAAAAUUGAAGUCAGUAUGUGAAAAGGACAACAAAUGGACUCCAGUAGCUUCUGUUUGUAAAGCUUAUGCAAACAUUAACUGUGGAAAUCCAAAAGAUGUUGUUAAUGCAUUGAAGUCCUACGAAACUACCACCUAUAAAUCUGAAGUGACCUAUACUUGCCCAAAGGGAGAAAAACUGAAGUCAACAUGUGAAAAGGACAGCAAAUGGACUCCAGUAGCUUCUGCUUGUAAAGAUAUUGAAAUCCAUUUUAUGAAAAUAAAAAAUGCGGUUCUGGAUGAAGUUGGAAAAAUAAUAUUGAGUGGUAAAAAUAUGACAAAAGAUGACUGUGCAGAAAGAUGUUUGUCUCACAAAAGUUGUUUAUCAUUUGAAAUAACUAAAAAAGGUGGAAAAUGUUACAUAUCAAAGCAAACUGCAGCUUCUUCCAAGAAAAUUAAGAUAGCCGAAGACAGAGAUUACUACCAACGAGUAAAAUCCAUUGGGGAGCCAGUUACAAUUAAAAAAGUUAAUCUACAGAAGAAGGACAUUUUUGGGCGGGUUAAGAAUAAAACCUUAAAGGAGUGCAACAAAACUUGCCAGGAAUAUUCAGGAUGUAAUUCUUUUCAGUACAAUGAAAAAGCAAAGUUAUGUGAUCUGAGCGGUGUGACUCAGUUGACUGAUAAACUUGAACCCAAUGAUGGAAGUUGGGAUAUAUUCAUGGUUAACCCAACUUUUUUGCAAGUUGACUGUGGAUCACCAAAAAAUGUUACCAAUGCUGAGAAGUCCUACAAAACCACCACCUAUAAAUCUGAAGUAACCUAUACUUGUCCAGGGGGAGAAAAAUUCAAAGCAACAUGUAAAGAUAAUAAUAAAUGGGAUCCAGUAAUACCCUCUUGUUCAGCUGCUCAGAUCCAUUUUGUGAAAGUAACAGAUGCAAUUCUGGAUGUAACUGGGAAAACAUUGGCAGACAAGAAAAAUGUAACAGCAGAUACCUGUGCAGAAAAAUGUUUGUCUUACAAAACUUGUUUAUCAUUUGAAAUGAAUAAGCAAAGUGGAAAAUGCUACUUAUCAAAAGAAAGUACAGCUACCUCUAAGAAAAUCAAAGCAACAAAAAGCAGAGAUUACUACCAACGAAUAAAUUCUGAUGAUGAGCUUCUUACAUUUAAAAGAACUGCCAUACCAGGGCAGGAUACUUUUGGCCGGCUGAAAAAUAUAGAGUUAAAGGAGUGUCAUCAUAUUUGUCAUCAAAAUCCAGGAUGCAAAUCUUAUGAGUACAAUGAAAGAACAAAAACCUGUGAUCAAAGUAAUGCAACUCACUUGACUCAAAACCUUCAGCCUAACAAAUGGGGUUGGGAUACUUACAUCAUUAAUCCAGCCUCACCUACUGCAGAAGUUAACUGUGGACCUCCAAAAGACAUUGCUGAUGCAUCGAAGUCCUACAAAGCCACCACCUAUAAAUCAGAGGUGACCUAUACUUGUCCAUUAGGAGAAAAGCUAGUAUCAGUUUGUGAAAACAGCAGUAAAUGGAGUUCAGUAGAGACUCCUUGUGAAGAUAUUCAGAAUCAUUUUGCGACAGUAAAAGAGGCAAUUCUGGAUGUAAAAGGAAAAUAUUGUGGAAUAAGAAAAAUGUAACAAAGGAAGCUUGCUUAAAAAAAUGUUGGUCUGACAAAAAUUGUUUAUCAUUUGAAAUAAAUAAAGAAAAUGGGGAUUGUUACUUAUCAAAGCAAACUGCAGCUACCUCCACGAAAUUAAAGACAGCCGAUGACAGAGAUUACUACCAACGAGUACAACCUCAUCAAGACUUUAUUGUCUUUAAAAAAGCUCGCAUACCAAAACGUGAUCAAUUCCAACGGGUUGACGAUGUAACCAUAAAGCAGUG